UCAUGAAGCUGCCUUUUUCAAUUCUUUCUGCCAAGUAGGAUCCUUCUGCACCAUCCACCUCCACCCACCCACCAUUUUUAUUUUAAUACCCUCACGAAUCGAACAACAGUUCAUUUCAUUUUCUUUGAUAUUCAAAAUUAUAAAGCACAACACAUAUUAACUUCGCCGGUCCAGUCCAUAAUUUAUUUAGUAUGAGAUAUGGGAAAUUCUAUGAAGCAAGAAUCUCCUGUUCUUAGUUAUCUUCUCUUUGUGUUUCUCUUCACAUGUUCUUCUUUAAUUGACAAAUCAGGGGCACAACCACCAACUACUGGAAACGAGUUUCAAUAUGCAAGGCUUAGUCCCCCUUUGGCAAUUAUCAUAAUUGUUCUUAUUGCUGCGCUUUUUUUCAUGGCUGCUUUUUCUAUUUACAUUCGACACUGCACUCAGCCUUCUGGCAUGAGCGGCAGCGUCCGACGAGCUCUAUCCAUGCGCCGCCGUGCUGCGGUGGCUCGUGGACUAGAUGCAACGGUUAUUGAGACUUUUCCGACUUUUACUUAUGCUGAAGUGAAGGAUCAUCAAAUUGGUAAAGGAGCUUUGGAGUGUGCUGUUUGUUUGAAUGAAUUUGAAGAUGAUGAAACGCUGCGUUUAAUUCCAAAGUGUGAUCACGUUUUUCAUCCCGAGUGUAUUGAUGCUUGGUUGGAAUCACAUGAUACUUGCCCUGUUUGCCGUGCUGAUCUCAACCCCCAACCGGAUGAACCGCCGGUUCAAGUUCCUCAGUUGAUCCCAGAUGAACCGGGAACUGAACAGCAACAGCAAAACGAUGAAGUUUCAAUUCGCAUAGCGAGCGACGACGAACAAAGUGAACAAGUACAGCAACAGCAACAAGAAGAAGGUUCUGUUAAAUCGACAGUGAAGCGGAAUUUGAGCUUCAACGUGCCGAACCGGGUUCCCAAGCAAGAAGAAGGCGGCUCAAUUAAAUCAGGAGUGAAGAGAAACUUGAGUUUCAACGUGCCGAUUCAACCACCGAGAUCAAUUUCCAUGAGGCCAAGGAUAUUCAGCAAAUUCAGAUCACACUCGACCGGUCAUUCACUAGUACUACCAGGUGAGAAUUUAGACCGGUACACUCUCAGAUUGCCGGAGGGAGUUCGGAAAGAGGUAAUGAACCGUGCACUAUUGAACCGGGCUAAAAGCUUUGGAGGCACCUUACCAAGAGAUACAAGCUCCAGAAAAGGAUACAGAACCGGCACCGGAGAUGGAAGCAACAGGGGUUCUAGAUCUAACAAAAGGAUGGAGUGGUCUGAACCGGAACCUAAAUCGGACCGGUGGAUUUUCACCAUGGCACCACCAUUCUUUUCAAGAGGCUCAUCAAUGAAAUCACCCAGAGUUGGAGCUGAAGCCGGCGAGGGUUCCACCUCAGGGAGUUUGAGAACCGCCGUUAAAUUGCCGUCGUUCAAAUGCUUGGAGCCAAAAGGCGAUGAAGCCUCUUUGAUGUCAACUGACUCGGCUCGACCGCCGGUUUAGUAAAUCCGGUUCGAAGUAAAUUGUCAGCAAGCAAAUUUAAGACUUUUCAUGGGCUAUAGGAAAGGGGAACGUGUUUUUCAUCAUAGAUUGGGCCCCCGCCUUGAAUUAACAAGCCCAAAGUUGACUUUAAGUUUAUUUUUUACUAGAAAAACAUUUUUGUUUUUAUUUUUUUGUUAUAUAAAUGAAAAA